AUGGACUUUGUAUCAAGUUCCAAAGCACAGGUGCAGUGUAAGAGAAUGAUCGAGAAGUCAUCAGCAUGUGUCAUCAACAGCACGAGCAGUUUGGACAGUUUGAAGGAGGGCAGUCAGGUGGCCAUCAUGGUUUACAUAAAGCAGUAUUACUGUUCAUCUGCUUCACUGUUUCAACUUGGCAAUGCCAAUGUCACCCCCUCUCGAACACUAACCGGGUUAGAUGAUAGUGAAGGAAAUGUGACCAUAUCAGUGACGCAAACUGAAACCCUCGAUUUGUACAUGGUGUGUGGAGGUGUUCGCUUCAAACAGAAUUGUGAUGUGACAAUAACCACAGAAACAACAACAUUGCCAACAACAACAAUGAAUAACACCAGUGCUCCAGGAACUGAUGAGUGUGAAUUUCCACUUAUUGCAGUAAUUAUUUUGGCUAUUUUACUGGUUGUGAAAGUAGUCACAGAUGUCCUAUUCGUUCUAUAUAGAUGGGGAGGAUUUUUCAAAGGGAUCAGUGUCAAAAAGGUGUACGUCUUGUAUUGGAGUUGCUUCGUUCAAGGGAUCGUUGAUUGUGUCGUUGGGGUGAUAUUCUUUAUUGUCACUUUAGCAGCCUACACUGAAUGCCUGGAUGAGCCUCUUGCUAUUGUAACUCUCGUUCUCAGCAUCAUUGUCAUCAUUAUUGGAGGUGUUAACAUACUUCUGUGUUGCUGCUGUUACAAAGCCACCUGGUGAAGUAGAUGGGAAACCUGGCUCAUCUGAGCCAUCUUCAAAUGCUGGUGGUCCUCGCCCAUGGUUAUGCUGCCUCAAACCUCAAACAAAGAUAUCCUCAGGGGAAGAGAGUCGUCAAAGUCCUCCAGCACCAAUACCUGCUGCCAUGGCCUCCCAAGAAAACCAGUCCCCCUAAACUCCACUUCCGCUAGACCUCUACCCAGCCCCACAUCAGACCCUGCCAGUGACAGUGACAGUGUUAACCCAAAGGUUCUCCUAGAGCCUCUAAAUGUUGAAGAACCAAAGAAGAAGAAGAAGAGAAGGAAGAAAA